GGAGUCGAGUAGUUUGAUUGACGUCAUGUCAUCAUAAGCAGCGUCUAGGAUGGAUAUUGACGGCGGGGCAGGGCGCGACGGUAUGACGACGGCGGAGCGGACGACUGUUGCUGCGGCGGUGAAUGCCGUCCUCUUCCGUCGCCAAAUGGCGAGCAGUGAGGCGAACUUCAAAACGGCUGGUCGUGCACGGCGCAAGUUGUUGGCGCUUCCGACGACUGGCCAGUGCUUGGAUGUGGCUGCCAUUUCCGACGCAGUGCUGGAGGUCUGCUACGCGAUGGGGUGCGACGGGUUUCCACGGGUGACUCCACGGUGGUGGGUGAAGCGGCGGACGGGCGGCACGUGGGAGGAUCUGCGUCAAUGUGAUGACGCGACGGAUGAUUACUUCAAGGAAAAGCUUCGAAUGUCGCCUCGUGUUUUCCGCGAGAUUGCAGAGACUCUUUCCCCACUCCUUCAACGCCGUGUGACGUUCUAUAGGGUGCCGUUGCAGCCAGACCACAUCAUUGCGUACACACUGUACAGGUGGGCCACCGGGGAGACGUACGACAUCGGGACGUGUAGCUUCGGCAUCGGGAGGGCUUCCGACAUCACGGCGGUGCGUGACGUCACGGCGGCGUUGCUGGCUGCGUAUCCCAACAAGAUAUCAUGGCCCACAGGUUUGCAGAAGGCGGUCGUGUUGCACGCGUUCGCGGACAAGGGGUUUCCAAACUGCCAUGGGUGCAUCGACUGCACACACAUCUACAUCGACAAACCUGCGAACGCCAACGGUGAGGACUACUGCGACAGGAGACGUCGAUUCUCCGUGCAGGCGCAGGUGGUGGUCGACAUGAACUUGCGUGUGCUGGACGUCUUCGUCGGUUAUCCGGGGAGUGUGCGCGACAUGAGGAUGCUGAAUCUGUCGAGUUUGUGGGUGCGCGCGGGGUCAGGACAACUUUUCACUGGGCCGCCUGUGAUGCUGCCUUUCGGUGUGCGGACUAAUGGCUACUUGCUCGACGACAACGGUUAUCCCCAGUCGGAAUGGAUAGUCUUCCCUUACGGCGGUCUCGCACAACACCCUACGGAGGCACGCUUCGACAACAAACAGAAGACGACGAGGGGAGCAGUGGAGAGGGCGUUUGGCAGACUGAAGGGGAUGUGGCGGUUGUUCCUCCCCACCCACAAGUGCAACAUGGACAGCUUGCCGCAGCAAUUUGUCGUCGUCUGCAUCCUCCACAACAUACUCAUCGACGCCGGCAUCCCAUUUGAUGACAAUCUCCUGUGGGAGGUGGGUCCUGACGGCGUGCGUCGUAGAGUGGAUUUGGGGAUGCAUCAGCCAUUGCGGCCAGUGUGCAUGGAGUCUUCGACGGGGGAUGCGCUGAUAUUGAGGGACACGUUGGUGGAGCGGAUGAUUGCGCAGUGAGGACGGCUGUGCUCGCAGUUGGAGACCCCGCUAUGAGUGGAACGAGUCUGGGGAACGAAGCUGUGAGAUGCGGGGAAUUACCGAUGAGAUCCAGUGGCGGAAGGAAGGGGAGGUGGCCAUCCCACAUGAACAGGCGGCGCCGUGUCGUCAACAUGAUCAGGCCGUCCAUUAUGCAGCCGCCGGGUUGUGGUGUUUCGUUGUCAUCACGCGAAGUGUCAAGCAUCCGGGCAGCAGCCGCAAUCGACGUCGCCGUCCGCCAGGGAGAGAUCUUCCUUUUUUCGCCGUAGCAGUCCGCCCGUGGUAGUGUCGUUCUGGCGAGAAGUGCCUGACGUG